AUGGCCAACAACCACGAAGAUACCGUUGCUGAGCUCCACGAGGAGUUCAACGAGCGUGUCCCCCACGGCGAGACUCGCGAUCUCGCCGGAGGCUUCAUUGCUUCCGACCCUGAUGAGAAGAAGGACUUUAGCUCCUCACCGGAGAGUGCCGAGGAGGGCAACACCGCCGAUGGCGAGGAGCCCAAUGACUUUGAGAAGCGGACGCUGCGCCGUGUUGGCGAGAACCUGCCUGCCUCUGCUUUCCUCAUCGCCAUUGUCGAGCUUAUGGAGCGUUUCACCUACUACGGUGCCUCGGGUCUUUUCCAAAACUACAUUAGCAACGACAAGAGCGACACCACCGAUGCUCCUGGACUGGGUAUGGGUGGCCAGGCCGCCACUGGUCUGAACCUGUUCUUCCAAUGGUUUUGCUAUGUGACUCCUAUUCUCGGUGCCAUCAUCUCUGAUCAGUACUUGGGCAAGUACAAGGCCAUCAUGCUCUUCUGCGGUGUCUACUGGGUCGGUCUCGUCAUCCUGUGGACGACUUCUCUGCCUGCGGCGCACGCUGCCAAUGCCGGUCUGCCUGGAUACAUUGUUGCUAUUAUCAUUAUUGGUUUCGGUACCGGCGGUAUCAAGUCCAACAUCGCCCCCCUGAUUGCCGACCAGUACCAGCGCCGAACCAUGGCUAUCCGAACAGAAAAGUCUGGCGAGCGAAUCAUCAUCGACCCUGCCAUUACCUACCAGCGCAUCUAUAUGAUUUUCUACUGGUGCAUCAACCUAGGUUCUCUCUCCCUCAUCGCCACCCCCUUCAUGGAAAAGUACUGCGGCUUCUGGACUGCCUUCCUCAUGUGCUUCCUCAUGUUCAACGUGGGCAUCUUCAUCCUCGUCAUCCGCCGCAAGUCAUACAUUAUCCACCCCCCGCAGGGCUCCAUCAUCACCGACGCCUUCAAGGCCCUCGGCAUGAUGAUUGCCAGCCGCAACAUGGAUGCCGCCAAGCCUUCAUGGCGCGCUGCCCACGGCAAGACCAAGCCUGUUGUCUGGAACGACCACUUCGUCGAGGAGCUGAAGCGUGCCAUCCGUGCCUGCAAGGUCUUUGUCUUUUACCCCAUCUUCUGGGUUGGCUACGGUCAAUUCUCCACAAACUUUGUCACCCAGGCCGGCCAGAUGAACGGCCACGGCAUGCCCAACGACUUUAUGCAGAACUUUGAUUCCAUCUCGAUUCUCAUCUUCACCCCCCUCCUCGAGAUGCUCGUGUACCCCGCCCUGCGCAAGGCUGGCAUCAAGAUCCGACCUAUUGCCCGUAUAACCCUCGGUUUCGUCUGGAUCUCCAUGUGCCUUGGCUAUGCUGCCAUUGUCCAGCACCUCAUCUACAACGCCGGCCCUUGCUACAAGAGCCCCCUUGAGUGUGACGCCGCCAACGUCGAUGGCAAGACUCUGCCCAACAACGUGCACAUUGCCGUUCAGGCUCCUGCCUACGUCUUUGUCGGUCUGGCUGAAAUCUUCAUUUCCGUCACCGGUCUCGAGUACGCCUACACCAAGGCUCCCCCCAGCAUGAAGUCGUUUGUCCAGAGUUUGUACCUCUUCACCAACGCCUUUGGCUCUGCCAUCUCCGAGGCCCUGGUGUCCGUGUCCAAGGACCCUGAGUUCAUCUGGAUGUACACUGGUGUUGCCGGAGCCAGUAUCGUCACUGCCUUUGUCUUCUUCGCCUUGUUCCACCACUACGACAAGAUUGAGGACGAGUCAUUCGAGCUCGACCGCGAGGCGCCCGUCCUUCCUCCCACCAAGGAGGUUGAGGCCGAGGCUGAUGCUAACUAA